AUGGCAUCGUACGCCGAGCUCCUGCAGACAUGUGCGGAGUUCCAGGAGAACUUCUCCACUUUGACUGGCAAGUACAACGCGCUCUCGCUGGAGCUCAAGAACACCAAGGCAGUAUGCGAACGCAAGCAGCGGCAGCUGGACGAGGUGGCGGCGCGCGAGGAACAGCAGCGCAAAGAGAUCUUAGAGCUGAAGAAAGAGGCGAGCGACGCGGCAGGGUUUCGAGAGCGGCACCACGCUGCCACCAUCGCAAUGGAGCACCUCAAGUCCCAAGUCGCCAGUGCGCAUCAGAGCGCACUAGAUGCGUCGCUGGAGCAUGAACAAGAGGUGCAACAGCUAAAGCAGCAGCUGGAGGACAUGAUCAAGCGUGUCGAGACGGCGGCGGACGGGCAACGGUUGCGCGAAGCGCGGAGGCAAACGCUGGAGCUGGAGGAGCGGUGCGCCACCAUGCAUGCACAGCUGCUGGAGGAUCGGGAGCGGCACAGCCAGCAGCUGAUGACAGCUCACAACGCACUACGCGAGCAGCAGAGCCGCAACCUCGAAUUGGAGCAGCGUUGCCGCGCCAUGGAAGCGGACGUGGCCGAAAUGCGAGCGGCAGUGCGGCGUUCGACCGAGCUGCAGAACGAAGCGGCUCUACUCAAGGAGCGCUACUCGACGGCGGCCACGGUGGCGCAACACCAGGUCGAGGAGCUUCGUGCUGAAGCGGAAGAAGCGCGCCGCCGGCUCGCCCAGCUCAAAGCCGACCACCAGGCGCAGAUGGCCCAGGUGGCGCAGGAUGCAGCAGAGGUGCGGGAGGAGUUGCACGAGCGCGUUGCAUCUCUCACAGCGGGCCUUGCCACGGCACAGAACAAUCUGGCAGAGGAACGAUCUCUUUACCGUAAGAUGCAAGCGAGUGCAGAGGAGCAGGUGACGCAGGCGCGCAACGCAUCAGUGGUGGAGGCGAGCGCGCUGCGUCGCGCGCAGGCCGCCCUCAAGGAGGAAAACACGCGGCUUCAAUGGCGUCUCGAGAAAAUGGAUGACGAGCUACGCGAGGGCCAACAAGCUCUGCAGGCGCUGCAGGCGCGCCACGAUAGCCUGGCGGCGAAGCUGCAGCAGUCUCAGAGUCAGCUGGAUACCGCUGCCCAGCAAGAGGCGUGGCUGACCUGUGAGAGGCAGAGCAUUGCCGAUCAGCUUGCCGUCGCUCGACAGCAGCUAGAUGCACUCAACAAGGCACUCAUGAAUCACGAGGAGGUAGCAUUGCAGGUGCAACAGCUGACCAUGCGCUUGGCGAACGCGACAGAGGAGGCGCAGAGUCACCGUCAUGCUGCCCUGCUGUGCGAAUCCCAGCUGCGUGAUGUGGAGGAAGUCUCCGCUCUCAAGGUGAGAGAGCUGCGACGCGAACUGAAGGCGUACAAGAAGCAGUGCACCAACGAGGCGGCACGGGCAGACCGCCUUCGCCGAAAGCUGAUGACUACACUGGUAGAAAAAGAAGCAGAGCUGUACCGUGUCUCGCGAGCCAGAGGGCGCACAAUAACCCUUGAAGGUGAGCCGGCCACCAUCCCCGCCAGCGGCACUGUACUCCACGAUAGCGCCUACAGUGACGUUAUUAGCAUGCUGAGAAGCCAAAGCCAACAGGCAGAGGACCUGCACACUCGUCUCGUGCAGUUAGCCCGGUAA